GCUGAGGAUGUCAACAUGGAAACGUGGAGGGCAGCUGGAAAGCGCUGCUCAGCCAGGAGCGACUCACCAGAACGCGCGUAAACACCGCUGAGGUUUAUCUGGUGCUUUACUUUCAUCUCACACAGAACUGCCGUCUGCCCUCCGCUCACUUGGACCUGAAGUCGCCUCUUAAGGGGAUUUUAUUGACGGUUAUCUCUCUUAACUCACCUGACGCGGCGAUGUUUCCCUAUUAAAUGUCAGCGCGGCGCACAGGUGGAGGAGCGCGGAUUGCCAUCCAUCCAAAGUUUGCUGGUGUUUUUCCUGGAAGGAGGGGAUGGUGGAGAGGCUGAUUGGAGAUGGGGAUGCUGUGUUGAUUCUGGAUGGAUGCUGCUUGCAAGUUCUUGCCCUUCAAACGGAGCUGCGUUUUCAGAUUGGAGACAGAUGAGGAGCGCUCAGCGGGGUUCCUUCUUGGUGGAGAAAAGUUUGCGGUGGAGGAUGGAAACAGCGCUCCCUGUUUGGUUUCUUGCUGUACAUUGAGCUCAGUGAUGCGCUCCUACACGUGGGUUUAUUAAAGGUCCGAGAGUUCGUGAAUGGAUGUGUAAUUCUGCAGGUUAAUGGAGAAUGUGUUUCCCAUCUGUGGAGCCCUGCUCAGGCUGGAGGGGAGAGCAGCAAACACCCAGAUCCGCCCCGGAACCAUAGCAGUUUUAUUUAAACAGUAACCGCCAAAAAUCUCAAAAUGCUGAACUGCGGAUAGAGAAGUGUCCCACAUCCAACUCCCUCAAACCCCUCUCUUUAUCAUUUUCCUUGUACUCAAUCUUGUUCCUUUUCCUCCAUCUUUCCUCAUCUAUUUGCCAUCAUCUCUCCUCCAUAACGUCCAAAUUUCUCUCUUCAUCCUUUUUUUCUCCCCACACUGAGACACACCACCUCCUCCUCCUUCUUCAUCCCGCAGCACACAUGCAGGCCAAGAAGCGGUACCUGCUUGUGUCUGUGGUGGUUGGUCUACUUUUCCUCAUCUACCUGUGGGGUCUGCAAAUUGGGGAGUUCCAGCAGCAGUCAUACCAUUAUCCCCAGAUUCCCCAGUAUCACCAGUACCACCAGCAGGACUACCAGUACUACUACCAGAGGCAGGAGUUCUACCAGCCCCAGCCCUUGCCUCAGAGACUCCCAUCCAGACCUGCAAGACGCUGGCCAGAGCUGAUCGAGGUGCUGGAACCGUACCUGGAGGGAGGAGAACAAGAGGAGGACAGCCCUCAGCUCCAUCACCAGCACACCUCUCCUCAUGAACGAAGGGCAAUCCGAGAUAUCAUCUACAAAAACAAGCGUUGCCGCAUGGAAACCUGUUUUGACUUUUCACGUUGUCAGUCGGGCUUCAGGGUUUACAUCUACCCUCCGCAGAGAGGGGAUGAGAUCUCUGAGACCUACCAGAAGAUCCUAUCCUCCAUCAGGGAAUCUCGCUUCCACACCACUGACCCCUCCCGAGCCUGUCUGUUCAUUCUGGCCGUGGACACAUUGGACAGGGAUCAGCUCUCAGCUCAGUACGUACAGAACGUCAGAUCCCGCAUCCACAGCCUGCCAACGUGGAAUGAUGGCAGGAACCACCUUAUAUUUAAUCUGUACUCGGGUACCUGGCCAGACUACUCAGAGGAUUUGGGAUUUGAAGUGGGCCAAUCGAUGCUGGCAAAGGCCAGUGCAGAUGUGGCCAACUUCAGACCAAACUUUGAUAUAUCCAUCCCUCUCUUCUCCAAAGAUCACCCACUUAAAGGAGGGUCAACGGGUUAUCUAACACUCAAUGACGCAUCGCCCUCCAGGAAAUACCAGCUGGUUUUUAAAGGGAAGCGAUACCUGACCGGCAUUGGUUCAGAGACAAGAAACGCUCUCUAUCACAUCCACAACGGGGAAGAUAUUAUUUUACUAACCACAUGUAAACAUGGCAAAGACUGGGAGAAGCACAAAGACUCCCGCUGUGACCGGGAUAAUGAAGACUACUCAAAGUUCGACUACCAGGAGCUGCUUCACAACGCCAGUUUCUGCUUGGUGCCCCGGGGCCGUCGACUGGGAUCCUUUCGCUUCUUGGAGGCCUUACAGGCUGCCUGUAUUCCAGUUAUUCUGAGUAACGGCUGGGAGCUUCCAUUCUCUGAAGUAAUCGACUGGAGGAAAGCUGCCAUCAUUGGAGAUGAGAGAUUACUGUUACAGGUUCCCUCCAUUACCCGAUCCGUGGGCCGUGACAGGAUCCUGGCUCUCCGCCAACAGACCCAGUUCCUUUGGGACGCCUACUUCUCCUCUGUAGCCAAAAUAGUCUUAACCACUCUGGAGAUCAUACAGGACCGAGUGGAGGCUCAUGUGUCCCGAAAUCACCUGCUGUGGAAUUUCCUACCUGGUGGCCUCUUUGCGCUCCCACAGUACUCAACUGAUCCUGCUCAGUUCCCUUUUUACUAUGCCAUCCUGGGUAAGAACCCAUCGCAGCAGUUUACAGCUGUGAUCCAUGUGGUAACUCCUCUGCAGUCCCAGAUCUCUCCUGUGGUGAAGCUCAUCAUCGCCGUGGCCAAGUCUAAGUUCUGUGCACAGAUCGUGGUUUUAUGGAACUGUGACAAGCCUUUACCUCCUCGAAAUAAGUGGCCCUCCACCAGCGUGCCUCUCACUGUCACUGAAGGACAGACCAAGACGAUGAGCAGUCGUUUUUUCCCCCACGACAUCAUCACCACCGAUGCCGUGCUCAGUCUGGAUGAGGACUCUGUUCUCUCAACCAAUGAGGUGGACUUUGCUUUUAUUGUGUGGCAAAGUUUUCCGGAGCGGAUUGUCGGUUAUCCAGCAAGGAGCCACUACUGGGAUAGUUCCAGAUCACGCUGGGGCUACACCUCCAAGUGGACUAAUGACUACUCCAUGGUACUUACAGGAGCAGCCUUUUACCACAGAUACUACCACUACCUGUUCACUCACUACAUCCCAGCCAGCCUGCUGACCAUGGUGGACCACAUGGCCAACUGUGAGGACAUCCUGAUGAACUUCUUGGUUUCAGCUGUCACUAAGCAGCCUCCAAUCAAAGUCACACAGAAGAAACAGUACAAGGAAACUAUGAUGGGCCAGGGCUCUAAGGCAUCUCGUUGGGCUGACCCAGACCAUUUUGCACAGCGACAGACCUGUAUGAACGCCUUCAGCCGAUGGCUAGGCUUCAUGCCCUUGGUACACUCGCAGAUGAGGCUGGACCCCGUCCUGUUCAGGGACCAAGUUUCUAUACUGAGGAAGAAGUACAGAGACAUUGAGAGACUCUGAAGGCUACAAUCAAACAGCAUUUCAGAAACAUAGAGUCAUCCUUCCUCUCAGUGGGAAGGAAACAUACGAACUGAAUGGGAUGCUAUGAAACGGAAAGCUAGGAGUCAUGUAUAUGAAGGAUAAGGAAAUGUUUGUUCUUGUGAAAAAAAUGUGAGAAAAUUGCAGGGAAGCGGUAACAAGCCAAAUGGUCACCCACAAUAUUAAACAAAUUUAUCUGGAGUCGGCCCAAUAUCUACAGAAAAAUGGCUAGAAGCAUAAUUUGAGGGUUUGCAUAGAUUUGAUUUGUGGUUGCUCCACCUGGAUAAUCUGAUUCAAUGCAUUUCACUCUUUGCUUUUCCAGUCAAUAUGCUGCAGUGAGAGGAUCAAUUACCCAUAUAGCCUGUUAGUGGCUUUAAAGAUGUGGCUGAUCAAUGUGUGUGAAUGCAUGAAGGAAAUGUACAACAAAAAACCUAGAUACAUACACGUUCAUGAUCAAAGACAAAAAGAAUGUGUUUCAUGGUUUAAAGGAAGUAAUGUAUACUGUGCAAUACAUGAGAUAUGUUUAGAAAAAAGAAAGAGUCAAAUUCCUUCUAAUGAGGUUAAAUGUGUACAGAAAUCAGUCAAAGGGGACAAAAGAAGAAACUCCAGAAGACAAAAGGUGACUUGCCCCUUGUAAACUAUUGUACAAUCUUUAGCAGCAGUUGCUCCCUGUA